UGAACGGUCUCCAGGCUCGGACCUUCGGCGUCUGGACCCUGCUGUCAUCGGUGAUUCGCUGUCUCUGCGCUAUCGACAUCCGCAAUAGGACCCUCUAUUACAUCACACUCUUCACCUUCUUUUUGGCCCUUGUUCACUUCCUCUCCGAGGUCUUCGUUUACCACACUGCAGCCUUGACAAUUGGAAUUAUGGCACCCCUUAUGGUAGCAAGUUUCUCUAUUAUGGGGAUGUUAAUUGGGCUGCAGUACCUGGAGGUAGAAGCACUUUCACAGAACAAGAAGAAAAACUGA